AUGGAGUUCUGGAGUACGAGGAACCCUCGUAAACUAACCACCUACACUCUCACAAUCACCUCCCCUCCCGACGAAGACCUCGCCCCCCUCUUCCGCGAUGACCGCACCCCCUGUGCCGUUACCAAUGGCGAUGACCUCUCGACCUCUGGCGUGGUUGUCGAGUGUGAGACUGUGACAGUGGGAGGGGAAGAGGAGGAAGAGGAACACGUGUGGGAUUUCCUCUGUGGGAGUCGCGAGAGGCAGAGAAAAGGGAGGGGACCUGGCGAUGGAGCCCCGCCCAAAAUGGAGGAGCUAGCUGGUAAAGCUCCGCCCAGAACCCCGGUAGCCGGGGAGGGAGGGAGGUUCCCGCCCAGACCAAGAGGUGUGGCCAGAGACGAGAGGAGGACACCAGAGCGAAGUGAGGCUCCCUCCCUUCCCCUCCUCCCCCUCCCCGCUCAAGAUCACCAUCCCCACAAGUCUUUUGGCUCCACCUCUUGCCUCUCGUAG